AUGGAGGAAAAUAGCUGCGAGGAUGAUGAUGACACUUAUGAGUCCUUGGAGAAGCAUUUCAAGGAUGUCCUCAAUCAGCUGACUGAAGACAAGGACAUGUGCAAGUUUCACAUGGAAUAUGAGAAGCUCACCAACGCCCUGAGGAAGUCCCAUGAGAGCGAGAGGAGGCUCAUGACCAAAUGCCGGGAGCUUAAUGCAGAAAUUGUGUCCAAAUCAACCAAAAUUGCUACCGCGCUUAAGUUGUCCCAGGAAGACCAGGCAACAAUUAUUUCUUUGAAGAAGGAAGUAGAAAAGGCUUGGGAAAUGUUUGAUGCAGUCCACAGCAAAGAAACUAUGGCCAAGGAAACAAUUCAGUCUUUGAAAGAAGAAAUUUCCAACUUGACAAAGCAAGUGGAAGAAGGGGCCAAUUUGUCCAAGGGUAAAGACAGUGUUCAUGAUCUGUUGAGCAUGAAUGACAAACUGACCAAGGAGAGGGAUGAGCUGCUGAGUACUGUGGAGAUCCUAAGAGAAAAUUUAACUGAGGCCACCAGCAACCAAGAAGAGAUGGAAUCCCAGAAAGAGAGUACCUUGGAGACUGUUUCUAAGCUUCAGCAGGAGCUCCAGGUCUAUCAGAGCAAGAUCACCAGAGAGUCCUGGCGGAAUGAGAAGCUGGAGAAGGAGGUGAAUCAGCUGCAUGCUGACAUGGGGGCCAAGACAGCGGAGAUCAAAUCCCUCACCCUGCAGAGCCAGCGGGCCAAAGAUGAGCAGCAAAGACUGGAACAGCAGCUGGAGGAACUGAAGACCCUGAAUGACCGAGCCAGCAGUAAGAUGGAGCAGCUGCAGGUGCAGAAUUCCAAGCAGCAGCAAGAGAAUGAGCAGCUUUCCUGGGCCGUAGACCAGUUGUCAACGGAGAAUCAGCAGAAGGCAACUGACCUGAAGAUGAGGGAAGAAGAGGUGAAUCAGAAGCGCCAGGAGAUUGUGAAGGUGAUGAAGAUGAGCAAGGCCAUCCAAAAGAAGCUCCACCAGAUGGAGGAUCAGAAGGCGGAGGCAGACAGGCAAAGGGAGGUGCUGCAAACACAGCUCACCAAACUGGGAAAAGAGCUUGAGGCUUCUCAGAAGCAGGCAGAAGCUGACAGGAAGAGCAUAGAUGAGCUGGUGCGAGAGAGGGACAUCUUGAAUAAGAAAAUGAUCCAAGCUGCAGUUGCUAAGGAAGAGCAGCAGAGCUUUGUCAAGCUGCAAGAGCAGACCAAGAAGAAUCUGGAACAAGAGAUUCACAACUACCGGGAAGAGACGGAGAGACAACGCAAGACCAUCCAGCAGCUGGAAAAGAACCGCAACCGUCACAUCAACGAGACCAGCAGCCUCAUGCAGAAGGUGCAGCAGCACAUGAGUGAUAUUGAGAUAAGAGAGAAAGAGCUAUUUGAGUACAAGAAGAAGACUGCAGAGAUGGAACGCACACUUAAGCAGCAGCAGAACCUGUUUGAGUCGGUCAUGGCUGAGAGGAACCUCUACAGCAGGAACCUCGUUGAGAAUCAGGUUGAUAUCACAGAGAUGAAGAUUAAGCUGAAGAUCAUGAACAAGGAGAAUGACCAGCUGAAGGAGCAGUCCAGUGGUAAAGAACUGGCCCUUCUCAAGGAGCACCAGGAGUUCCAGCGUGUGGAGAGGGAGAACGAGGCCCUCAAGGGGGAGCUGCAGCUAUUGAAGCAGCAGGCAGAGGAGGCAAAGCAGCGCGUUGACAGCCAGGAGGCAGAGGAGCAAAAGCUGCACAAGAUCAUAGCCGAUGCUGACGCUGAGAAGCUGCGACAGAAGCAGGAAAUGGACCAGGUGAUCCAUGAUAGAGACAUCUUCGGCACCCAUCUGCUGCGGCGCAACGAUGAACGGGCUCUGCUGUACAAGAAGAUCAGCAUCCUGCAGACCAUCCUGAACAAGGGCGACCGGCAGUACAACCAGCGUCUGGACGACAUCCGCCUGCUGAAGCUAGAGAUCAAGAGGCUGAGGCGCGAGAAGGGCAUCUUGGACAAGGGCGAGGUCACCAUGGAGGACCUGAGGAGGGAGCUAUUUCAUACGGAGAGAGAGCUUCAGAAAGAGAGGACAAGGUGCCGCGCCCUUGAGGAGCAGCUGAAAAACCCCAUUCAAGUACAUCGAUGGAGAAGGCUGGAGGCCACUGACCCUGACAAAUACCAGCUGAUCCUGAAGAUCCACUCCCUACAGAGACGCCUGAUCACUAAGACCCAAGAAGUAGUGGAUGAAGAGCUCUUGCUGCAGGAGAAGGAGAAACAGUAUGGGGAGCUAAAGCAAAUUAUGGCCAGGUGGCCUGGUCCAGAGGCAGCAGAGAAGCUCCAGGAGUGUCAGAGGACCAUCAGGGACAAGACAGACAAACUCAAGGCGCUAUCGGCAGAGGUUAACAUGUACUACGCGCAGACAAAGGAAUACAAGCUGGAGAUCCAGAGGUUGAACCACGAGCUGCACAACAUCAAGAUGAAGUACUUGAGUCAGAAGCAGCAGCAGAGAGAGGAGAGUAGCAAGGCCAAGGUGGAACAUCCAACCGCUCUGCCCCCCAUCAGCAGCAAACUGGCUUUAACCGGAGGAGGCUUCAGACUGGACAAACUGCGCAAGAACUAA